UCCCAGUGCUAACCGUGUUUGUGCACUGUCAUUCUCAAGAACUUCUUUCAAAAUGUCUCGAAGAUAUGAUACGAGAACGACUAUCUUCUCGCCUGAAGGGCGUCUUUACCAGGUUGAAUAUGCCAUGGAGGCUAUAGGUCAUGCUGGCACUUGUCUAGGAAUUCUAGCCAAUGAUGGUAUUGUCUUGGCUGCUGAACGACGUAAUACAAAUAAGCUUUUAGAUGAAGUGUUUACUUCAGAAAAGAUUUAUAAACUUCAUGAUGACAUGGCUUGCAGUGUGGCAGGUAUUACAUCUGAUGCCAAUGUUUUGACAAACAAGUUGAGACUCAUUGCCCAAAGGUAUCAAUUAGAAUACCAGGAACCAAUUCCCUGUGAGCAGAUGGUCAGUUCCCUUUGUGAUUUAAAACAAGCUUACACUCAGUUUGGUGGUCUUCGGCCAUUUGGUGUGUCUAUACUAUAUGUGGGUUGGGACAGACAUUAUGGUUUUCAACUGUACCAGAGUGAUCCCAGUGGCAACUACAGUGGAUGGAAAGCAACUUGCAUUGGCAAUAACAGUGUGGCUGCUGUGUCUAUGCUCAAACAAGAGUACAAAGAAGAUGCCAUGACACUCAAAGAUGCUUUACAGCUGUCAAUCAGAGUCCUUAGUAAGACCUUAGAUGUCACAAAACUUACCCCUGAUAAAGUUGAAAUAGCAACACUAACCAGAGAGGACAACGAGACAUCUCUUAGGAUCCUCAAAUCUAAGGAGGUGGAAGAAUUGAUUGAAUUAAAUGAGGAAGAAACAAAAAAAGCAGAAGAGAUGAAGAAAGCAUCAAAGUAAAAUACAGUGUAGUGAUUGUAAUUUAUACAAUUUCCAAAAAAAGAUGUUUUGACGGCAGUUUUAGUUCAGUGUAAAUACAGAAAAGAUCACUUUGAAAAACCUCUUUUCUGUACACAUUCUUUCAGUGCACAUAUAUGAUGUAAUUAAUGUAUGGAUUGAAUAAAACCAGCAUUAGUCAGG